UUAACUUCUCUGGCUCUGUUUUCUUUGUUUACCCAAUGAAUCCCUGAACCGGAAGAAAAAUACAUUCUUAGCGCCUGAGCACCUGGUUUGCAUUUGACUACAAAAAUCAGAACUAACAAAACAAACUCCCUCAUUUCAGAAAUCCAAGUUAAAAGUGGAACAAAUUCACAUUCACAUUCAAAUUUACCAAUCGCAGCCAGAUCUCGGAGCACCCCUUCUCUCUCGGGUUUCGGAGAGGGGAAAGGGGAAGAAAUCAGAAAAGAUCGCAACAUCUCUUCGAUUCGCCAUCGCCAUCGCCAGAAGAAAUGUCUCCAAUCUUCGAGUACUUCGUGGUGUGCGGGAUCGGACCAGAGAUUCGAACCAUGGACGGAAACAAAGGGUACCAUGGCCCUCAUAAAUGUUGCCUUCCCAUGGACAUACAACAAACCUGUUUAAAUUACAUGCAGGUCUGCCAACUAUGCAUCUUUGGUGACAGCUCAGCUUGUUGUGUUGGCAUCACACAUGGCUGGGCUGGGACUUCCUGAUAAUGAUGCUUGGUACAUGAUUGAAACAAUUGCAGAGAGGAAUAGCAUCGGAUCCAAGCAAUUUAUAAAGAUCAGAGGGUUCUUGUCUCAUAUCCAGCAAUUACGCAAUGGAUACUGGGGAAUCACCUCAAUGAAGGCACAGUCUGUGUUAUUACUUGCACUGCCAUCCCCGCAUUCUAAAGAUACCAAAGAUGAGAACCAGCAACCCUCUGAGGCAACUGGUGUUGGUAGAAACUGGUUGCAGAGUAUGUUCAGCCGAAAUAAAACAACUAGAUCCAGCUCAUUUAGUCACGUUCAUAGAUGGACGUCUGAUGGAGGAAACUCAGCUACAAAUGAGAAUGGGAGUCCUCGCAAACAAGAUCUGUCAAGUGGUGGCCAGAAAAAGCUUCAUACCAAUGUUCGCAUACUUAGGGGUCAUAAUGGUGCCAUUACUGCUCUCCAUUGUGUUACAAAAAGAGAAGUGUGGGAUUUGGUCGGUGAUCGUGAAGAUGCUGGUUUCUUUAUUAGUGGAAGCACAGACUGCUCAGUUAAGAUCUGGGAUCCUAGUCUUCGUGGUUCUGAACUCAGGGCAACUUUAAAAGGGCAUACUAGAACCAUCCGUGCCAUAAGUUCAGAUAGGGGGAAGGUGGUGUCAGGAUCUGAUGAUCAGUCUGUUUUGGUGUGGGAUAAGCAAACAACUCAACUUCUAGAAGAGCUUAAAGGCCAUGAUGGACCGGUCAGCUGUGUGCGCAUGCUUUCUGGGGAGCGUGUGUUAACUGCAUCCCAUGAUGGCACUGUGAAGAUGUGGGAUGUAAGAACAGAUAGAUGUGUUGCAACUGUUGGUCGUUGCUCUAGUGCUGUUCUAUGCAUGGAAUAUGAUGACAAUGUGGGAGUCUUGGCUGCUGCUGGAAGAGAUGUGGUUGCUAACAUAUGGGAUAUCCGUGCUAGUAGGCAGAUGCAUAAACUUUCAGGACAUACACAAUGGAUACGGUCCAUAAGAAUGGUUGGUGACACUGUGAUUACUGGUAGUGAUGAUUGGACGGCAAGAGUAUCGUCUGUUUCUCGAGGAACAUGUGAUACUGUCUUAGCAUGCCAUGCUGGACCAAUAUUAUGUGUUGAGUAUUCUUCUUUAGAUAGAGGAAUAAUUACAGGGUCCACUGAUGGCCUGCUACGUUUUUGGGAAAAUGAUGAUGGAGGUAUACAUUGUGCAAAAAAUGUAACAAUUCACAAUGCUGCCAUAUUAUCUAUCAAUGCUGGGGAGCACUGGUUAGGCAUUGGAGCAGCUGAUAAUUCUUUGUCACUCUUUCACCGGCCCCAAGAAAGACUUGGUGGUUUUUCUGGCACUGGGUCCAAGAUGGCUGGUUGGCAGCUUUACAGAACACCACAGAAAACAGUUGCUAUGGUUAGAUGUGUUGCUUCAGACUUGGAAAGGAAAAGGAUAUGCAGCGGUGGUCGCAAUGGGCUUCUAAGGCUGUGGGAUGCAACUAUUAAUAUUUGAGCUUGAUCGUUAAAUGCAUGUUCACGUUUGUAAAUUCUAACAAUUUUAUAGGUGAAAAACAAGGUACUUAAUGAACAGGGGGGUUCUCCAAUAUUUUUUGUUUUAUUUCCCUUAUAGUAUAUAAUGUGCAAGAUAUGUCUGAUGAGUCCAACUUGUGAACAAUUGUAAUUUUGUGGUUAGAGGUUUCUGUAUCCUGAAUGUACAGACUGCUACGAAGAACAAGUUUUGUUAGUGUGUGGAUAGAUUUAGAUUUAAUGUCUACCAUUAAAGCCUCAA